AUGUCUGCGCAGGUCCGCGCGCGGCUCGGGGCCCAGCACGAGGCAGCGCGGCUUGGCGGGAAGGGCGGCGGCGGACUGCGCAUGCCCGGCGGCGGGGGGCGCGAGGGGACGUGCGCCCGGCCGGGCCUCCGCCAGCCCUCGGCCCUCGGCCCUCCGCCCUCCGCCCUCGGCCCUCCGCCCUCCGCCCGGCCUCCCUCGGGCCGCCUCAGCCCGCCCGGCCCACGCGCCGCCCCGGCAGGCAGUCUGCGCUGCGGCCGGCGGCCACCGGAGGGGGCGAGCCCGGCAACCUGUUGUCCCGAGCGCGGCAGGCGGCGGCCAGACGCGGCGGCGGAGCGUGCGGAGCGUGCGGAGCGGCCCGGACCCCGCGGCGCCCCGACCGGCCCGAUGCGGCGGCUGGCGCUCGUGUGCACGCUGCUCUGCGCCGACCUGUGCGGCGCCCGGGCUGCCCCGCAGAGCGCGCUGCGGGCGCUGCGCCACGCCGGCCGGAGGCACGAGAGCAAUCACCUCACAGACUUGUACCGGAGAGAUGAAACCAUCCAGGUGACAGGAAAUGGCUACCUGCAGAGUCCCCGCUUCCCGAGCAGCUACCCCAGGAAUCUACUUCUGACAUGGAGGCUCCACUCACAGGAGAAGACAAGGAUACAACUUGCCUUUGACAAUCAGUUUGGACUAGAAGAAGCAGAAAAUGAGAUCUGUAGGUAUGAUUUUGUGGAAGUUGAAGACAUCUCUGAAACCAGCACUGUUAUUAGAGGACGGUGGUGUGGACAUAAGGAAGUCCCUCCAAGGAUAACAUCACGAACAAACCAAAUUAAAAUAACAUUCAAGUCCGAUGACUAUUUUGUGGCUAAACCUGGAUUCAAGAUUUAUUAUUCUUUUGUGGUAAGUAGCCUAACCACCUUAUGAUUAAAAUCAAAUUGGUUUCAUGAAUUCUAGGGAUCAUUUUUUGGGCUCUCCUAUCACUCUCCAUCAGUGACGGACCCCACACUCACUGCGGAUGCUCUGGACAAGACAGUUGCACAGUUUGACACAGUGGAAGACCUGCUCAAGCACUUCAACCCAGAAUCGUGGCAAGAAGAUCUGGAGAACCUGUAUUUGGAUACCUCCCAUUAUCGAGGUAGAUCCUACCAUGAGCGGAUGUCAAAAGUUGACCUGGACAGGCUCAAUGAUGAUGUCAAGAGGUACAGUUGCACACCCAGAAACUACUCGGUCAACUUAAGAGAAGAGCUGAAGCUGACCAACGUGGUCUUCUUCCCCCGCUGCCUCCUUGUGCAGCGCUGUGGAGGGAACUGUGGCUGUGGCACUGCCAGCUGGAAGUCCUGCACCUGCAACUCAGGGAAGACUGUCAAGAAAUACCACGAGGUGUUGAAGUUUGAGCCUGGCCAUUUCAGAAGGAGAGGCCGGACUAACAAGCACAUGGCUCUCAUUGACAUCCAGUUGGAUCACCACGAGCGGUGCGAUUGUAUCUGCAGCUCAAGACCUCCUCGAUAAAUGAAUACAUACGUACUCAAAUUAAGCACGAGAGAGAGACCCUUUAGUGUCAGAAGGAAGGGUGUGUGGUAAGAGACCCUUCUCCCACCCGCAACCAAACAUUCAGAGCCUGCAAAGCAAUAAAUACAAGUGGUUGGUGAGUUUCAACUUAGCUUUGUUAGCGCUGUGGCAAGUAGCCAAGUGUCUUCCUUUCCAUAUCCAGGAAAACAGGAUUGCAUUUAAUAAUAGUGCCUGAGGACAUGUGUAUGAAUUCAUGUCGAUGUGUAAAUAGAUCCGAUGGUUUAGUCUGUAAGCCAAGUGCACCAAAGCUUACCUGUGCUUUAAACCUUUUGUCAAAAGAAGGAACUUAUUAAAUACAUGAAGCAUGUCUUAGAAGAUUCAGGAGAUGCAUUUAUUUUACUUCUGAAUCAGAAUACAAUUUCAGAUCUUGCUCUCCCCGCGAAAACACCUUGUGUAUUAAAAAUAACUAGAUGAACUUGUCUUAUGGUGGAUCUUAGUUGAUUCUGAAAAAGGGGAACUAUGGUUUCUAGGGAGGAGGCAAAAAUCUAGUCAUUUUCCCCAUGAGAUGUUUUACAUGUUUAACCUAUAUAGGCAGUAAUCACCUGUGUACCCAUAAAGCAUGCCCUAGUAACAUAGGUGCUUUAGAAGUUGUCAUUAAGUCUUCUUUUUAUGGUUUUUGCUGAGGCAUGCUAAUUCAUUCAACACCAGUCUCAAUUUUUUUUCUUCAAAGGGUUUGUUGUCAUAAUCCUGUAGGAGACAAUAUAUAAGCUAUCGCAGGACUUUUAAGCUGUCUUCUUUCCCAAAGCCCCUCCACAAAGUAAAUCCUUUGGAUAAUGGCAUGGAGACUUGCAAUGAGCCAGUCAAAAUGGUUUUGUUGAAAUAGCUGAGUUGUUGAAAGCCCCCAAACUGAGCAUUGAAGUACUGACAUAACUGGAAGUCUGGUGGAAUCAUUGAUAGGACCCAUAUUUAAUAAUGGAUUCAAACUCUCCAAACUGUGCUAAUUAAUAUUGUGUGUCUUGCUUUUGUGCCCCUGUCUCUUUGAUAGACAGAUGUGGCUUCACAGUGGCAUUUUGUAUUUGACAAGGCAUCGUGGAUUAUUUAUAACCUAAAAGCUUUUGUGUAGUACCACAAUCCAAUUGUACUGAAGCAAACCCAUAAUCAGAUCCUCACCAUUCUGAAUCCCUGUUUCUAAGAUGAGUGAAAUUAGAUCUGGGAAUAUUGUUUCUUCCUAAAUCUGUAGAGCUCAUUCUAAGAAGCCACCCUGCAAAUCAUGACAGCAAAAACUUGCACUCCUGCUCUUCCACUGGAAGACUGUUUUUACAUUGGUGGGUAUUAUUGGCAUUUAGAGUGACUUUUCCUCUCUGGCUCCUUAGUGUUGCUGUUAAAGGAGACUGGCUCCAUGAGUAGGAAGUGAUUCAUCACCCUCCAAAACAAGACUCUUAAAAAGAGCAGCCCUAAACCCAAGAUAGCUCAGAGGUAGCUUAAAGAAAACCACAUUUUCCCUUCUGCCUUCAAAGAGAAAAGAAGAACCUUGCUGAGCCCAGUGCCAUACUGACUACAACCAGUUUGGGUGAGGGCUAUGUGACAGGAGCUUGUUCAGAUAAAUGGCCUAAAAUUACUUGGCUUUCUAAGCAUGAUGCCCUCAAGACCAAGUCCUCAAGUGUCCUUGCAGCUCAUUUCUCCUCAGCUCUUUGAGAUGAAAGGCCAGUGCUUAUUAAAGAUGUACCUUCAAAACAUCCCUCAAAGCAGCCAGUGUUUUGACCUCAGAGGAUGAGUGGUCAGAUUAAAUGUUCUAGUGUUUGGUUGUCCAGUGUCCCAGCACACAACCAGAAAUUGCUGAAAUAGCCGAGGCAGCCACUCAAGUAAUCAGGAACCACUUGCAAGGCGCCUAUGAAAACAUCAUCUUCCUGAACCAAAACCAAAAUGUGUGUUACAUCAUUCCAGCUUGUUGUUGCUUUAAGAACGAAAAAUAGGAAUGUUCUGCCCAGUUUUCAGUCAAACUUCCCAGGCUGCAAUAACCAAGAUGGCUUUCAUCUAAAACCCUAUUUGUACAUUUUAUUUAUUAGCUGAAAUAUAAGCAGGCGUAUUCACUCCCUCUUCCUUUCUCAAAUGUUUUAAUAAAGCCAUUCUUUGUUUAUCUGUUAUCACAUUCCCAACAUGUAGCCAAUAAGCCUGUUUCAUUGCUAUCAAAGGAAUAAAAUCUUGCCAUUUCAAAACAAAACCUAAUACAUGUUUCUGUAUGACUCACUCACUCACCUGGAAAAAAAAUUUCUUCAGUAUGUUGUUAGAGGACAGAACACUGUCAUAAGUAGAUUUUUUGUCAUAUCAGUAACACGCGGCAUGUUCCUCAUAGUAUUUUCUAUGCCAAAUGUAAUAUGCCUCUUAUCUUCAUGAAAAAUAAAUACUGCUUUUGAACAUGA